AUGCCUGAUAGUGAAGAAAAAGAUAAAAAAAUCCGCAAAAUAGAAGAAAAAAAAGACAAAAUUGAAGAGCAAUCAAAAUUUCAUCGAGAACAACCGAUGAACCAAUUUAUUAAUAUUUAUAAUGCCAAUCAGUUAACAAUUGGUAAGCAUACUAGUUCUAUCUCUUAUAUUCAUCAAUCAGUUACUAUUCACUAUAAUGAAAACUUAGCCAACCAAGAACUCACUGAACUUAAACAAAAAUAUCAAGAAUUAGCACUAAAUGAUGGACCUUCUUCUGAUCCCCAAAAAUUAAAAAAAAUGGUCUUAUUUUUAGGAGCCAAACAAAUCUUUGCUACUACCCGACAGGAUACCAUUAACAGUUUAAUCGAAACUUAUGAAAGUUCAAAUAAAUCUGGCAAAAGAUAUGAUAAAAUUGCUCUGGUAGGUAAUUAUAUAGGCGGUGCCGGAGAAAUAGCUGCUAGUAUUGUCCCUGGUGGUAGUACAGCUGUCAAAGUGUUAAGCAAAGGUAUCCCAGUAAUUACUAAUCUACUGAAAAGCCGUUCACUCACAGCCUAUUCUCAAGAGUUUGGCAACUAUUUAAUAGAAGAUGAAAAGGCUCUACUUUUAUUACAGAAAACCUAUCAAUCAGUAGUUGAUUCUCAAGACAAUAAUGGGGGAAAAAUAAAUUCUUUCUUGACCAUUUUGCUUAAACUCAACCAAGGUCAAUUCAGUCAACAUAGUGUUUUCGAGGUAAGCAAGUUGCAAAAAGGAGGAAAACUAACCUCUGAGGAAAUGAACCAAGCCAUUGAGUUAUUGGCUAAUCAUUUUAAGGAGUUCACAAAAGAAUUGCAACAAGAAACAAAUCAAUAUGCGGAAAAGAUGGAAGAAGUUUUUGCUACCGAAGAUGGUGAUCUUUUACAAAAAGAAUUCACUGGACUAUUAGAGAAACUGACCGGUAAGGAAAACAGAAGCGAACAAAGUUUGACCAAACAAACAAGUCUAAAAAACCAAAUCCAAGCCAAAGAAAAAUGUUUGAAAGAACAAAAAAACUCGGCUGACGUUAAACUAAAAAGCAGAAAAUUACUUGCUGGAAAAAGAGAAAAAAUAACUGAGAAACGAGAACAUCUUCUCGACAAUCUUUUAGAUGUUCAAGAAGGAAUUAUUCGUUUAGGCAAUACAACUGAGAGGCAAGAAAAACUAAUUUCUCUUCAAAACAAAUUAUCGGAAAUUGCUCUUAGACAUGGUCAUAAAGAAUUUAAAACCGAACUAGACAAUCUUUGCCAAGUUAAAAUUGAAUUAACUAAACUACAAAUGGAACAAGAGCAGCAACAACCCCAAAUCCAAACCCCACCUAAAUAA